AUGAAAGGACUCGCUGGCUAUCCCGAGGUUGCAGAGGUCGUCGUGUUUGUCAAGGAUCAUCAGGAUGCUGAUCAAAGAGUCAAUCUUGGAGGGUUACAGCAACCAGUCAGGUUUGACGAUAUUUCGCAACGCCUGGUUGAUUUAGGGUUCCCGAAGUUCUCAUCUUUCGUCUCACGACGGGUAGAGCACGAUAUCACAGUUUCGACUGGAUCUUCAACUUGCGAUGGUGUCCGAGGCGAAAUCAACAUUGAUCAACCUCUAUUGCACUUCUACCAUGAUGUUUUCUUGGAGACCACGAAUCCUCAGCCUUUUGAUUUCACUGAAAGUAUCGCCAAGGUUGGAGAAGACAACAAUAUUGAUGUUGGUGGUCUAGUCAGGAUAGCGUUUCGAAAGACAUCCCGCGUCCCAAGUAAAUCGUCUGCCGUAUGA